AUGGCUCCACGAGUGCCUCCACGGGUGCCUCGACGAACAAUUGCUGAAAUGGAUACAAAAUUUGAUGAGCUUGCCUCUGCUUUAUCCAAAGAUCCAAGGGACCAAUUGACCUCUGGUAUAGGUGAAAUAACAACCAGGUUACGUUCACGUGGCUCUCGAACUGACAAUGCACGUGAUCAAUUGGAUUCAGAUGUGGCCAUGGAUGAAAAUAAUGAAAUAAAUGCUGCAACACACAACACUGAAGGCUCUGCUAAGAGUGGAAGAAAAGUUACAAUUAACAAUCAACUUCGCAAGACAAGAGAAAAAGGAAAGCAUAUUGAUAUAAAGUUCCCUAAAGAAUUUGCAAAAGUGUGUGCAGAACAUGCUAGUUUAUUUAAAAGUGAGAUAAUAGUUCUUGUAAGAACUGUACCACUCCAAGUGAAGAAGUGGAGGGACAUGGAUAUGUUUCAUCCUGGUUCUACUACAUCUAUUUGGAGAAAACUAAAGACCAAACUAAAUGAAGCUGCUGGGAUACAUCAAGAAAAGAUUUCUUCUGCGCUCGUGCCAAUAGUGGAGCACUUCGCACUAGUUCUUGGUCGAAAGCCAAACCAUUCACGUGGUGUUGGCAUUCGUGCUAUAAACCGAGUGGCCAAGGAAAGAAUCAGAUUGCAGGCACAAAUUGAGGCUUCUGAACAGCGUGAAGCUACAGCUCGAGCACGUGCAGAUGCUGCUGAGCAACGUGCUGAGGCUAUUGAGCAACGUGCUGAGGCUACUGAGCAACGAGCACAAGCUUUGGAAGGCCAAGUUUCCACGGUAGUCGAAACAAAUGCACAACUGCAAGAAGAGCAGCAAUCCCAACGUGAUGAGCUGAGUUCUUUGCGUCAAGCACAGAGUGGAGAAGUUGCUCGUCUAGUGAGAGAACAACUUGAUCAUCAAAUGGCUGAAUUAAUUGCACGCAUUGGUGCCUCGCAGCCUCCAGCAUCUUAG